UGUGAACUCAAAGAACAUGAUAACAGCAAUAAAUCUUCGAAUAAUCCCUAAUUGUGACCAGUGAAUUAUAGCACAAUCUGUUUGGGAAGUCGGAUUACUCUUUUUAUCUGAUCUCAAAUCGACUUACAACUGAACGGAGAAGUCUCUCACAAAUCUUUUGCGAACCAUUGUACCAGAGCGAAAUCUUUCAGCCCCCGAAAAUAAACCAGUCACAAUGUAUGCCCUUUCUUGCACCGACGGGUUCAAAUAUCCUGGUUCCGAACCAACCUACAUCACAGACAUCAUCCCCGUGUCUGCUGGGCUAGCAGCCGUUGGAUCCGACCAAAGUCUCUCCAUCUUCAACCCUCUGCGUCUCAACCAGGGACCUCUCAAGAAAGUCCAGACCAACCAUGGGAACAUCAGCUGCGCAGAGGUAUUCAGCGUUGGAAACUCGAUCGUUGCCACAGCAGGCGAGAACGGGACGGUUUCGCUCUGGGAUCUGAGAAGCGAUGCGGCCAACACCCCAGUGUUGCAAAUAGGGACGCCAGGCGAAGGUCCCGGUUUGCUCUCACUUGCUUGCUCGGAACAGACAAACACAUUAGGCGCCGGCACGGAACUGGCUAACCACCAAGCAUCCAUUCUUUUAUGGGAUCUCCGCUCCCCCCGCGUCGCCAAAAUCCACUACGACGAAGUCCACAGCGACGACGUAACCGAGCUCUCCUUCCACCCCACCAACCCUCACCUCCUUCUCACCGGCUCAACCGACGGACUCGUCAACGUGUGCGACACGCGCAUUACGGACGAGGACGAAGUGGUCAUCGCGGCCUUCAACCACGGCUCCGUGCACCGGGCCGGCUUCCUGAACGAGACCGAGGUGUACGCCGUGUCGCACGACGAGCGGUUCGCGCUGUACGACAUGGGCGAGACGGUUGAGAAGGGCUCGCCGACGCUCGACCUGGGCGACAUUCGCAAGGUGGUGGAUUGCCAGUAUUUGUGCAACGUUAUCCCGAAGGUGACGGGUGCUGGAGCGGUAAUUGGUGCCGGAACACAGGAUCAAGAACUGUUCCGGUUGAUCCAUCUAUCGAAGAAUGGUGCUUCAUGGAGCCUGGAUAGUGAGACUGUGGUAGGUCUUCCGGGGGCACAUGGAUCCGAGAUUGUUCGCAGCUUUUGCUUUGUUGAUGAGCAGCAAGUAGUAUUUACUGCCGGAGAGGACAGUUGCAUCAAGGCGUGGCGGCCCAGUGUAUAAGCAAGUGCGCAGUCACUUAAGCCAUGAAUUUAUUGGGGUUUGAACCACAUCCAUCCCAAAAUCGAAUUCGUGUCUCUUCAUGAGUCGCAAAGCAGUG